AUGGGACGGAUCGAUGAUGAGGAGAAGAAAAGUGAAAAGCGAAUACCACCGGAUCGCCUCUCCACAAUAACAAAGCCACCGCCUCGGGUUAUCCCACCUCGUGACGCCGAUGAAGAACGACGAAUGAAAGAGGGUCACAUCGAGGACAACAAUGAAGACAUUUCCUAUUUUAAUUUCCCGCUCCUCUAUUGGUCCGGAACUUUCGGCAUGAUCUCACUGAUUUGCAUGUGCAUCGCCAUUGGUGGAAGUCUCUACACGGACUAUGUACCAACGCCACGACAGCUCAAGCGGGGUUUUAUUGCUCGAUACGGAACAUCCGUCUAUCUAUGCAACAGCACCGUAAACUUUGCUGCCGAUGGACUUCCAUCAUUACUCAAUUUGUUUGAGCUGAACGUUUCCGGAAACGUGUUUUUCCGUGUUGCGGUUGUUCUGCCGAUGACUGUCCGAAUUUUCCAGGCCUACGUCGUCAGGAACUUGGUGUUACUCUCAUCUACCGACAAUGUCUCAAUGGCCAUCCGGCUGCUCGCAGAUUUGAUGCCAACUUUGAUGAUUCUUGAAACGGCUUCAUUGGCAUUAUUCUCAAUUAUUACAACGCAUUUUGAUUAUGAGGACGUGAACCGCUACUGCAAGUUGGUCUUCUGCAUCUCGGCCUGUGUCAACAUGUUGGCCACGUCAAUUGUUACGUUUGGACAUUUGAAAGAGUCGGCCAAGCAAAUUGACGCGAUCUCGUUGUUGAUCAAGCUGUUUUCGGCGGCCAUAUUUUGUUACGUGGCUCCACAAUAUUUCCAUCGUCACCAGGUUGCAAUUCGGUUCCCUGUGUGCCAUUCUCAUCUACCUCGGACCGUGGCUUAUAUGGAAUACGCAUGCGUAGCGUCUUACCUAUUUUUCCAUUUGUCACAGUGGCUUGACAUCCGGCACAUGAAUUUCUUGGUCUAUCCGAGAACAUGCAGUGGUGAAUGCGAACCACUCGAUCCCAAGAACUUCGAGAAAGGAGCGAAAUAUGAGUAUUGCAGAUCCUGGGAAUACCGACAACGACAGCUCCUCGGCCUUCCGGUUCUCACAUUG